AAUACACAUCGUGCAGGAUUACAGCAUAAAGCGAAUAUUUUUCAUGCUAGAUGAAGACUGUGCCAGCUAUCACGUUCAGUGAGUUUUACGACUACGCUUUGUGAUUGUUCUGGAUGAGAUUUGCUUUUUUGUUACUUCUGAUUAUUUUCUUUUUAGAUAAUCGUUUUAUUCCUUUCGCAUAGAAUUAUAAGUUGAGUUUUGGUUUGUGGGAUGAUGUAAGUGAAAUGGCGUCCAGUUUUCUGAGUGGAUUUCAUACUUGGAGCAGUGCCUAACGAGCUGCAGAAUCGGUCGAUAUUUCCUAGUUUCUUGACUUGAAAGAAUAAGACAGAGUUCCGGUCGAUUCUAUUUCUGGUAGUAUUUAUCAUUUUUGCCAGACUGUCUUUGAGAGAGCUUCCUAUGCAAGUAAUCUCCACGUUUCCCACAGCUGCGGUGUCCGGGCCCGCAUUCCUGAUUGUCAAUGUGACAGAAUGGCACUUGACAGCGACGAAGAGGCCGAGGCCAAAGUCCCGCUGCAAUCAGCGAAAUCGCCAAAAAUUGUGAUUAGCACGUCUAAGCCAGCCGACGACAGCGUAUUUACCGCGGCUGGCACGACGCUUAAUAACAGGCCCAAUGGACUUAAUAACGACAAUGCUGAAUUACGCGAAUAUUCCUCACCCUCCGCCGGAUCACCGACUGGACCGAGCCGUAGUUAUCAGAAGAUGGAGCCGCGCGCCGAGGGCAGUCCGGCCGAUUUGCCCAAGAAGCGUCUGCAGCGCCGCGAAUCCCACGCCUUCGCCUUCAAUUUCUCCGACUCAUUCGCCCGUAUUGUCCGGCAGAUCUGCGGCAAGGAGGACCGCGAGACCACCGACGGGGAUAUUCAGAUUGUGGACGAAUCUCAGCCGCCGCUGUACCGCACCACACCCCGGCGUUGGAUUAUGCUGGCUGUGUUCUGUCUGUAUUCCAUGAGCAAUGCCUUUCAAUGGAUUGAAUACGGGAUUAUUAGCGAUAAGAUAGUAUUCUACUACGGUGUCUCGCCGCUGUCGGUGGACUGGCUGUCCAUGAUUUACAUGCUGACGUAUAUUCCGCUGGUGUUUCCGGCGACGUGGCUGCUGGAUAAAAAAGGUUUGCGGGUGGUGGCUUUAAUUGGAUCAUUGGGGAAUUUCAUCGGCAGCGCAAUUAAGUGCUUCAGCGCUGUCCCCGACCGCUUCGUGGUGACUUUCGUCGGGCAGACCGUUGCGGCCAUGUCGCAGAUCUUCAUUCUGGGACUUCCGGCGCGCCUGGCUGCCGUCUGGUUCAGCGCCAAGGAGGUGUCGGUGGCGACGGCUUUUGGAGUGUUUGGCAAUCAGCUGGGUGUGGCCUUGGGAUUUCUACUUCCGCCGAUGUUGGUCCCUACUGAUCCAAAUAAUCCUUUUCAUAAUGCAUCGGAUCCGCACGAUCUGUGUCUCCAGGAAAGAAACGUAACGAUUAUGCAGAAUGAUGCACGUUACCAAAAUAUCUCAUCGGAUUAUUUAAACUGCGACACCUAUGAUCUCUACGGUCGGAAUCUCGCAACCCUGUUCUAUGGAUCCACUGCGCUGAACGGAUUUCUCUUUCUUGUUGUUCUGUUUGUCUUCCAACAUGCUCCACGUUACCCGCCCAGUCCGGCGCAGGCGGCUAUUCUGCAGGAGGCUGCAGAAAGCACUUACUUGAAUUGGAUUAAAAUUCUGAUAAGAAAUUGGAAUUUCAUCAUCCUCGUUGUAAGUUAUGGGAUUAAUGUCGGAGCGUUUUACGCCAUCAGCACGUUGCUGAACCAGUGCAUUCUGCAUUUCUUCCCGGAUGAGAACGAAAACGCCGGCCGCAUAGGUAUGACAAUUGUCCUUGCUGGAUUAGUGGGAUCGUUUAUCGGCGGGUUAUGGUUAUCCUGGAGCGGAAAUUACAAGACAACGACAUUCGUAAUUUAUCUGUUGUCUUUCCUGUGUAUGAUCGCCUUCGCCAUUGUGCUGCCCUUUUCCAUUUUACUCAUCUUUAUUGUGGCGGCUUGUCUGGGAUUCUUUAUGACGGGUUAUCUACCCGUGGGCUUCGAAUUUGCCGCCGAGAUAACGUAUCCUGCACCGGAAGGAACGUCAUCCGGUCUUCUCAAUUGCAGUGCUCAGCUGUUUGGUUUUCUCCUCACACAGUUGAUGGGUGUCAUAUUGAAUGAAACAAAGGAUCCGGUCGGGUCCAACGGAUUCAUUGCGGGCUGGCUCUUCAUCGGGACUGUCAUGACAUUCUUCAUCAAGCCCGAUCUGCGACGCACCAAUGUCACUAAUAUGAUGACCGCUAACAAGUCAGCCGCAUCCUUAAGCAGCACCGCCACCGGAAAUACCAUCAGUGUUCCCCAGAUACGGAUUGAGAGUAUACAAAUGGUGCCUAAUGACAGUCAUGUCAAGACCACUUCGAGGGAUGCCCGCUAGUCGCUAGCUGCCGGGAUAGAUGAUUUAUUUAACCUCUGGGUUGUUAUGGGCUACUCCUGCUACCUAAACGAUCUGUAUUAGAGCAACGAAGGUUCCUUUGGCGAUAUCAGAUGUAUUUGAUAUGUCCCGGUAAUUUUGCUGGACAGUCUUGUGCUUGAUAAGAAGGAUCUGUGUCGCAGAGUCCGUAUUAUUGGUGUCACUAAUAUUUUUUGUUGAGGUUUUAACUUUGAUUCAAAUCCCAAAGUUUAUAGGUUAUCCAGUGUCAAGUGGAGUGUUAUUUCUGCCAAUGCGGCAUUGUUGCACUUCCGUUUUUACCUUUGACGUUUUCCUGUCUAGUCUUCUGAUUCAAUAGUGCACUUUAUGCAUGUUUAUGUGGCCCGAUUGUAACACUUUGUGUUAAUUCAGUGCAAUAUUUGCAUGACAUGCUGAACGAUGAUGUGAUUUAUAAAGACAUAAAUUGGACUGUAGAAUUUGCAACGCGUAGGUGUUCUAUUUUUAAUCGCAGUUGUGUAUAUUUGGAAUUUUGUGCCAUGAGC